AUGUCGGCAUCAGUACCCCAAGUUCCCCCACGCCCUUCGAGGGCUACGAAAGACGCUCCUGCAUCUUCGAAUAGUCUAUCUCCAGAGAUGCCCAGAGUUCCUCCUCGCCCAGCUGGUCGUCGUGUAGACCGGUCUGUCUCGCCCGGCCGGGAGAGCUUCGCGAGAUCACCCUUCAACGAAACUCCAAAUCAUCCCAGCCAAAUCAAGCCAUCGAGCCAGGGAACGAACGGGAAUGGGGAUCACUCGCACUCAGAUUUACCACAACGACCCCCAAGCGUUGUCCUCCCGUCAAUUGGGCAGGAAGGAACCGAGUAUGCACAAGCAUUUGACAGUUCUGAUGAGCUGGGCACAUCACCUACGCAGACCAGGAAUAUUGCCAAUGAUCUGAAGCUUCAUGCCCCGAAGCCAGCUCUCCCAACUUCGACCGCCAAGCAACGAGUGUCAACGGUGACUCGUACCGAUUCUGGUCAAGCUGCCGCACACGGGAUUGGAAAAGCAGGUUCAGUUGAUGAUAAAGAGCCGUCAUCUCGUCCAUUGAAGCAAAAGGCUAGUUUCGCAAGCCAAAAGUCGGAAGUUUCAGUCAACACGGAACGACCACCAUCAAGUGCAGACAGCGAACAUGGUAUUCCAGAAAUUGGCCAACGUGUGCCUAUGUACCCGCAUGCGGGUGAUGUGCAAGCUCCUUCGCCAGCUCCAUUUGCGCAGCCAUUUGCACCUGGUAUUGGUUUCCACAAUGACGGUUCCAAACCUAAACACCAUAGUCGCAAACUCAGUGCUCGCGACCAUGAUGUACCGCUUGAAGCAUAUGGUCGACAUGGCCAUCAAAUCCUUCCUCAUCACCACAAUCAUUUCGAGAAAGCCUACUAUGAGAAACACCCAGAAUUAUUCAAGAAAGAACUAGGACAAUAUGGAGAGGGUCGACCGGAGUGGGCUAUGAGUAGUGAGGAUCUAAACAAGAUUGUGAGGGAUACAGCUAGCCGAGGCGCUGGACUUGGAACGUCCCCAGCUGUUAUGGGCACACCAAGUGAGCAAGUCGGAUUUCAAGCUUCAGAAGAAUACGCAUCUCGUAUUUCCUCUCCACAGACGCGUCCAGUAUCAGCUGUAUAUGGCCACGGGCAUUCGAAUUCGUCUCAAACUCAUGUCGAAUCACCGUUGAGAAAGGCUUCAUACCCCGCCGAUACGAGUGGCAAAGAUGCUGGAAGUGCUCUCGGCAUGAGCUUGAAAGCCCCUUCCGAAUUGGCAUUGUCAAGUGAAGUGGAGGACGAAGAUGUGAUUCACGUUGAUCCUAUACGACAUAUGAGCAAGCAACACGGCGGCGCGGGCCGAUUGGAUUCCACGGAAGACCUCGGUCCUACUGCUGAGAAUGAUGGUUACCACGACGAGCACCAUUAUGGCAUUCCAAUUUUAGCCUCGGACGAAGUUGCGAAGGAGCCUUUUGGUUACGAGCUACAACCUGCAGUAUCCCCAUUGCAGGAGCGACAUAACCCAUAUCACGAAGGCGGUGGAAUCUAUCAUCACGGAUCGACGAGCCAAACGAGCCUGUCGAAUAGCAGACCAUCGAGCCGACCAGGAAGCAUUCACGGCAAUAUGUCUGGCCUCCGACUACCUUCUGAUUCUACCAAAUUGGAAGAUCUGGAGGAGUACGAACCGCUUUUCCCAGAGGAGGAUGAGAAAAAUGAUAGCAAGAGGCCAUCGAGCGUGGCGGACAGGUUCAAGCGGCCAGAUCUAAAAAAUCGCAAGUUCCCUAGCCAAGAUGUGUGGGAGGACAGCCCAGACAGCGUGCACCAUACAGCAACUGUCUCAACACCUCAACUACCGGAAGAGACAGAGACCGAAAAGAUGGCUGAACCUGAUGAGACACCAGAACAAGCCUUUGCUCGUAGACAGGAAGAGCUAGCUGAGAAGGAAGCCAAUGACAAGGGUAGCUUUUUGAAUAAAGAAAAGAAACCAUGGGGAAACAAGGCCCAUAUUGUUGAUGAAACCCGACCUGGAUUAGCCCAACGAUUCCCAAGUAGAGAUAUUUGGGAAGACACACCGGAUAGUCUGCAAUUGCAAACUACUGUCGAGAGAGCUCAAUCACCAGAAAGAGAGAUCGCUAGUCCAUCGGAGGCGCCAUUGGAGGAGCGACCGACAACCGGUGGCGUUGCGUAUCACCAGGAAAAGGCUGCUGCAGGUUUCCCAUUAGGAAAUGGUGAAGGUCGUGCUACGACCGGCAUUGCUGCUACGCUCAAACCUGCUAUUCCUUCUCGACCUGCAAAAUCUUCUAAGCUCGCUCAGUCACCUGAAAAACCACAACCGGCCAUCCCUGAUCGACCACGAAAGACUUCCGACGCAACGGCCCCACCACUUCCAACGAAGACGAAGCCUGUGGUUCCUGCUCGCCCGUCAAAACCCCCUACUCGCGAAUCGUCUGAGAACAUUCCUCUCAGCCAAGUCGCGUCCAAUUCUUCUGCCAAAUCUGUUGGAUCAGAUCAAGGUUCUGCAGCCGCAGCGAAACCAAAGCCGCCAGUUCCGACCAGACCAGUUGGCAGCAAGAUUGCAGCUUUGCAGGGUGGUUUUAUGGCGGAUUUGAAUAAGCGGUUGCAACUUGGCGCUCUACCUCCAAAGAAGGAAGAGCCUAUCCCUGAGCCAGAAGUGGAAAAGGAGAAAGCUCCAUUGGUCGAUGCUAGGAAGGGCAGAGCUAGAGGUCCGGCACGAAGAGCACCCGCAGCAAAGAGUCCAUCACCUAGCGCAGCUGCUGCCUCCUCUCAGGAGAAGCCAUCCAUGUCUCUGAGCUUCUCAGUUCCAGCAACAUUGUGGGAAAUUCAUCCUGAACAAGAUCUCCUACAUGUUUCUUCCCAUAAGGAGUCAUCUGAAUCAACUGCGCCGACAAAAGCAUCAGAAUCUGCGACUCCAACACUGGCGACCAAUACUGCUGGAGAUCCUGUCCAUGAACCACUAGAGAUAGCAGAGGGUGCUGAAAAAUCAUCUUCCCCACCCUCAGCCGUUGCAGACGAACAAUCGCAGCAUCGAGAAGAGGUUCAGAAAAUCAACGUGCUUGAGGGCGCAGACGAAAAGGACCAAGAAAGUGCGCCAGUGAAAGUCAACGAUGAGCCGCCUGUCGCCUCGAAAUUCGAGACUUCGCAGUUGCCGCCAGUGGAGCAGGCACGGGAAGAUCAAGAAGACGCUAUGACUGCUUCUGUGGAAACGGUGAAGGCUAGCGAGGUGCCGCUUCCUAAGGAAGAGGAGUUGUAG